GGGAGGGGAAGGGGGAGACGGUGCAAACGGCGUGGCCGCCAUCUUGUUUGUACCCCCGCUUCGCGCGCGCUCCGUUCUCCGUGACGCACGCUUCCCCCUCCCCUCCGCCGCGCCCAGGCCUCUGCAUUGCCCGACUCCGCUGGAGUGCGGGGGCGGCUCCUGCUCUUCCCUGGACUCCCGAGCUGAGGCUUGUCAAAAUGUCCACAGAAGGAGGAUUUGGUGGUACUAGUAGCAGUGAUGCCCAGCAAAGCCUGCAGUCCUUCUGGCCUCGUGUCAUGGAAGAAAUCCGAAAUUUAACAGUGAAAGAUUUCCGAGUGCAGGAACUCCCACUGGCUCGUAUUAAGAAGAUUAUGAAACUGGAUGAAGAUGUGAAGAUGAUCAGUGCAGAAGCCCCUGUGCUCUUUGCCAAGGCAGCCCAGAUUUUUAUCACAGAGUUGACUCUUCGUGCCUGGAUCCACACAGAGGAUAACAAACGCCGGACUCUACAGAGGAAUGAUAUCGCCAUGGCAAUUACAAAAUUUGAUCAGUUUGACUUUCUCAUCGAUAUUGUUCCAAGAGAUGAGCUGAAACCUCCAAAGCGUCAGGAGGAGGUGCGCCAGUCUGUGACUCCUGCUGAGCCUGUCCAGUACUACUUCACGCUGGCUCAGCAGCCCACCGCCGUCCAGGUCCAGGGGCAGCAGCAAGGCCAGCAGACCACCAGCUCCACAACCACCAUCCAGCCCGGGCAGAUCAUCAUUGCACAGCCUCAGCAGGGACAGACCACACCGGUGACCAUGCAGGUUGGAGAAGGUCAGCAGGUGCAGAUUGUCCAGGCUCAGCCCCAGGGCCAAGCCCAGCAGGCUCAGAGCAGCACGGGACAGACCAUGCAGGUGAUGCAGCAGAUCAUCACGAACACAGGAGAGAUCCAGCAGAUCCCGGUGCAGCUGAAUGCCGGCCAGCUGCAGUACAUUCGCUUAGCACAGCCUGUGUCAGGCACCCAAGUCGUGCAGGGACAGAUCCAGACACUUGCUACCAAUGCUCAACAGAUCACGCAGACAGAGGUCCAGCAAGGACAGCAGCAGUUCAGCCAGUUUACAGAUGGACAGCAGCUCUACCAGAUCCAGCAAGUCACCAUGCCUGCCGGCCAGGACCUCGCCCAGCCCAUGUUCAUCCAGUCAGCCAACCAGCCCUCCGACGGGCAGGCUCCCCAGGUGACCGGCGACUGAGGGCCUGAGCUGGCAAGGCCAAGGACACCCAACACAAUUUUUGAUACACAGCCCUGGUCGGUGGGCACAGCCUCCCUCCCCAGAUGACCCGGCUGACCUCAGCGCCUCCUGCAGGCUGGGACACUGGUGCAGGUGCAGCACUCCCCUCACCUGGGGGCCGAACAGAAAGAUGCAAUAUUUUUUAUUUCCUUUCUUUCCAUUUUUUUCUCCAAGGAAUCAAUAUUUCAAUAUGUUGAGCUCUGUGUCCAGUGCUAUGAAACAAAAAUAUUAAAUAACAUAUUUAUGGCAAGAGUGUGGUUGAAGAAAUAUUUGUUUUUUUUGGUUCUUACUGCCACUUCUUUUUAGGAGCAAAUCUGCUCAGGGGCAUAUUUUGUCUCCUGACUCUUGGUACAACUGAUACCCCAGAAUUUGCCACCUUAUUCUGCCCUCAGAUUAAAUGAGGUGAACACAUGUAGCUUCUUCACUAGCAUCCUUCCCCCAUCCUCCUGCUCUUGCCCCAGAGCUCUGUGUAUUUGCAUCCAGAGGCCAUGGAAAUAUUCCUUACAUUUAAGAGCUGAAUUCAUUAGUCAGGAGAGUGGAUGGUUUCAGUCCCAAACCUUCUCUCCCAGGGACCUAAGGAGACUAGAACUCAGUGCAUUUGUUGUCCCUACCCCCAUUUUUAAUUUUAUUUUCUUAAAUGCAUUAAACAUUGUGCUAGUC